AUAAUAAUAACAGUUGUGUCAAUGUGUGAUACUGGGAAUGGGAUGUUAUUAAAUUUUAUUUUCUCUACGAAAUUGUGCAAUGAUGUUGCGGAGAAGGAUUUCAUCACUUAUAAAAAGUUCCUUUGUAAUUGAAACGGUAUUAUCAAGAAAAGCUUUCAUAAAUAAUGUAGUUUUAAGAAAAUGUUAUCAUAGAAAAUACACCCAUACAUGUUCCAGGGUAUUCUCUACAGAAUGUCAUCAAACCAAACAAAAUUAUACUGACGAUGGAACAAUACAAGAAAGUAGCUCUUUUACUUACAGGACACAUACUUGCGGUGAACUUAGGCUUCUCAAUGAAGGUGAAAAAGUAACCUUAUGUGGAUGGGUGCAAUUUACUCGACUUUCAAAAUUUUUACUUUUGCGAGAUUCGUAUGGCCUCACCCAGUGUGUAAUAAACGAUUCUUCUAUAGAUAUAUCUAGUAUUCCACUUGAAACCAUAAUUAAAGUUGAAGGAACAGUUAUAUCACGACCAAAGGAUAUGAUUAAUCGUGAAAUGAGUACUGGGGAGAUAGAGGUUGCCUUGGAGCGUCUAGAAGUACUGAAUAAUGUUGAGAAAUUGCCUUUUAAUUUACGCAAAUAUCAGAAACCUAAAGAACAACUCAGACUUCAGUAUCGGUAUGUAGAUUUAAGAUUUCCUGAAAUGCAAUAUAAUUUACGGCAACGAUCGCUAAUGCUUCACAAUAUGCGCAGGUUUCUUAUCGAGAAACAUAAUUUUUGUGAAGUUGAAACGCCAACAUUAUUCUGUCGUACUCCAGGAGGUGCAAGAGAAUUUGUAGUACCUACACAUCAUUCCGGACUGUUCUAUUCCCUUGUGCAAAGCCCACAGCAGUUUAAACAAAUGCUAAUGGCUGGUGGACUCGAUAGAUACUUCCAAAUUGCUAGGUGUUAUAGAGAUGAAGCCACCCGACCAGAUCGGCAACCAGAAUUUACUCAGUUGGAUAUAGAAUUGUCAUUUACAAAUUUAAACGGAAUUUUAUCGAUGAUCGAGAAGCUAAUGUUUGAAACAUUCGUUAAAAAAUUACCAAAACCUCCAUUUCCACGAAUUACUUAUAAGGAUGCUAUUGAAAAAUAUGGAAGUGAUAAACCAGACAUAUCUUACGGUUUAAAACUGAUAAAUAUUACGAAUAUGUUUGGUCAUAUUUUGGAAUCAGCAUUCACAAUUUCUUAUACCAACAAAUUAGGUAAAUUAACAGCCAAGUAUAAGGAUCAAAUAAAAGAAAUCAAAAAUAAAUAUAAUGUAAAAGUUGUAUUUGAAGAGAAUUUGCAAAAGGAAUUUGGGACAGACAUUACCAAUAAUGUAAAAAGUGUUUUAAAAUCAAAUGAAUCAUGCAUAAUAGCACUAGGAGACAGAGUAAAUGUAUGUUUGUGUUUAGGGGAAAUUCGACAAUUACUAGCAUCUCUAUUAAAAUCAAAUGAUUUGUUAGUUGGGAAUGAUGCAAUGAAGCCCUUAUGGGUUGUAGAUUUUCCUCUCUUUUUAAAAGGGGAUAAUGGCUUGGAGACCUGUCAUCACCCAUUCACUGCACCACAUCCAGAUGACUUCCAUUUGUUAGAGACAGAGCCUCAAAAAGUGAGGUCGCUGGCUUACGAUUUAGUUCUAAACGGCAAUGAAGUUGGUGGUGGUUCUAUUAGAAUACACAAUGCUGGGUUACAAGAGAAAAUAUUGAAUUUACUGAACAUUGAUUCCAGUUCAUUAAAACACUUUUUAGAUGCACUAAAGAGUGGUUGUCCUCCCCACGGAGGUAUAGCAUUAGGUAUUGAUAGGCUUGUGUCUAUCGGUUGUAAUGCAGAGUCUAUAAGAGAUGUUAUUGCAUUUCCCAAGAGCCAUGAAGGCAAAGACCCUUUAUCGGGCGCACCAAAUACAAUAAGUGAAGAUGACAAAAAGUAUUAUCACAUAAAUGUUGUUCAAUGAUUUUAAUAAAUUGUUUUAUUUGGUUA